AACAACCAUACCGGCAGCUUCGAGCUGAUUACACUCCAGCGGCCAGCACACACACUUUUGUGAGCUAAUGGAUGCUUUCCAGCUUCUCUUUCUUGUUGCAGUGGUGACAUCCAUAUCAGAAUGGAAAUCAGUUUCAGAUUCUGGCAAAUCACAAUGUGAGAUCAUGAAUGAGGAGAGCAUUACCGUGCUUGAAGGGGAGUCUCUUUUUUAUGUACCUUUUAUUUUAGAACCAAACUUCAACAAUAAAAAUGUUAAAUGGUACAAAUAUAGCACCCAAAUUCAGAAUAUUUCCUCUGAUAAGAAAGCCAGGGUGCAUUACCAAGGCGAAGCACUGUUUCUCUUAAACCUCAACAUUUCUGAUUCUGGAGAUUACGCUGCUUGGGAAAUCAAGUCUUCAGGACAAUGUUUUAACCACCCUGUGAAAAUUGAAGUGUUCAAUGCAAGUUACAGAGGAAGCAAGAUGUUAAACUACGGAGAAAUCAAAAACUCUGACCAGAGUAAAAAGGUCCCAUGUCCAGAACGAGUCCAAAGCACAUGUAGUGCAUUCAAAGGAAACAUCACCUGGUACAAGGACUAUACUCUUAUUGAAGAUCAGCAUGAAGUCGAAUUGAGAGUGCAUAAUGCUACCAAAGACCACGAGGGCCUCUACACCUGUAUUUGUACCUGGGCAUACAAUAAUAAGGUGUACAGUACGUCAGGUUCGAGGGAACUUAUACUUCUAGAAAAAGCUGUGCACUACCUAGAAAUUUUGACCCCAGCUGAUGAGUCGCAGGAGCAGUUUGCUGAUGAAGGCUCGGAGAUUAAGCUGAAUUGCUCAGUUUUGUGUGGGACUAAUGUGAAACAUGACUGUAAUGCCAGCUGGUACAUCAAUGGAAUUCCUUUCAAAAACAGGGAUGGUUAUAGUCAAACUACCAAAAUAGCAACUGAGGAACCUUCAAAGAAUACCAUUGCCACUGCAAUCCUCACCAUUAAAAAAGUGUCUGCUAAGGAUUUUCAACAGAAGUUUAAGUGUUUUGGCGAGGGCUAUUACGUAACAAAGAAUGCCACUUUAACUCUUAAGCGGAAAGAAUCCAUAAUUCCACUUGCCAUUGGAGGAGUAUGCAUGUUAUUCGUUGGUGUUUUUGUCGCUGUUUUGGUCAAAUACUUUGCCAUUGACUUAGCCCUGUUCUUCAGACCCUACUUCCCACUAAGCAGUAGCAAUAAAGACACAAGUUUAUAUGACGCCUAUGUGGUCUACCAGACACCAAUGGACAAGAUCACUGAGGACACACUCUCUCAGUUUAUCACACAGACUUUGCCCUCUGUCCUCGAAGAUAAGUGCGGAUAUCGGCUCUUUAUCCACGGGAGGGAUGACAUACCAGGGGAAGAUCGUCUGGAGUUGGUGGAGAAAUGCAUGAAUCAGAGCAGGAGGCUCAUGGUCAUUCUCACACCAGAUCUGGGAUCAGGCUCCAUGACGACAGAGCGAUGGCCUGCCUCACCCCAAACCUCAGUGAUGGGAGGGUUUGACUGGCAGGCAACGUGAGCAGGAGCCUUUGUAGCAUCUUUUUUAAAUGGGGGUGGGAGUUGUGGAACCAAGAACAAGGCACACAAGGAGGUCCACAAGAAAUUGUAGGGCCUUGCAAUAUAAAGUGCGUUGAGGCAAGUGUUGUUGUGAUUUAACGCUAUAUAAAUAAAAUGCAAUUUAAUUUCACUGAAACUGGAAUAUUUAGUUAGAGAUCAAUUCAGUGCAGAAUAAUUUGCUGUAGAAAGCAUUAGACAUGGAGUGAGGACCCUGUCAACUGCUUGGCUUUCCUCCUCCUGGCUUUGUAGGAGGCGAACAGGGCAGGAGGCAGGUCCUGAGAGGAAGUACACUUGUUGCCACUGGAUAAUGGUUUAAGAGGCUUGGUGCUAACAUCCUCUCUAUCUUCUCCACAGUAGACAAAUUUGUUUUGCUUAAUUAUCUUUCUUUAAAAUAUGACUGAUUUAGCCACUUCACACUUCUUUUCAAUUUCAAUUAAUUACAUAAAUUUUUGUUCCUUUUAUAUUUGUCUGUUUGAAAUUUUGAGCUGGCUAAUGACAAAAGUUUUCAGAAUCCUGUGCAGCCCUGUGUCCCAUUUCAGACUUAUUACAUGAAAAGUUGUGUUGCACAAGUAUAAUUUUGUGUUGGAUAACUGUUUUGCAGUGUGGAAAAAAGUAUUGAAAAGUUAUACUUCUACUUAAUUAGCUUAAUGGUGCACAGGGUGUAUAAUCAAUAUAACUGCACAAUAUAUUUUAAAUACUUAUAGUAUAUACCUAUUGUGUGGAAUUACACUUCAGAUUCUUUUAUCAUUUUAAAAAAUACCUACAAGUGGAAUCCAAACUGUAAUAUUUGCAUCCAAAAUAUAGUGGAGUAGAAGCAGAAUAUGGUACAGCACUUAAAUAAAGUGCAAGUAAAGUAGUCAAGUAAAUAUAAGUUAUAUUCCUGUACUCUAAUUUAUUGGUAUUGCAUGAUGUAAGAUACUGGUACUCUAGUACAAUACCGUCGGUGGGAAAAGUACAAUACUUUUACAGCAAAUCUAAGGAAACAAGUGCACAUAGAGGGAAAAAAAUCCUUGUGGAGAAAUGUAGCAUAACCUCCACACACUGUUACCAUUACAUUUUUAUUCAAUUACAACUUUUUGGUCCUUGCAAACUUUGUCAGAUACAGAGAUAAAGUGUCCAUGCAAACAUUUGCAUCUAUGCAUGCAUUCAGUAAGGUUCGGCCAAUUAAGGAUGCCUGGCUAUUAGACAUGUCACACAGACUGAAAUAUUGGAAAUAAAUAAACAUAAUGGUAAACGGGACAAUGUGUGGCUGUUAUACUAUAUUUCUCCACAAAGACACUAUUUGAAGAAACAGACAUUUGACAUUUGGGGACCACGGCCAUGUGCUACAAGUUCAAUACAUCCACUCCAUAUGGCUUUAUACACGAUGACCAUCAACUUUAUUUUGGUGUAAGUAAGCAAACAAGCAGUAAUAGCAGUUACAGAUAGUUGAAUAGUUGGUGCACAAUUGAAUAUUUUGAAUUUCAUUUUGAAUUUUUCCUUUCAGUUCCAUUAAUUUAUGGUUAGUUUUUACUAAUUUAAUUGUUGGUUUGAACCUUUUUAUUAACAUAAUGUGGGUGACAUGUUAAGAAGUUUAGAAAAGGCAUUGCAGUUAUCAGGCGUCACUUACCUUGACACUAGCAAAGGUAAGUGACCUAUCAUAUCUUAAUUUAUUCAUGUAAAUAGGGAGGCUUCUUCACACACUAAGGUUAAUUAUGGAGUUACACAGGGUUCUGUACUAGGACCAUUUCUAUUUACAUUAUACAUGCUUCCCUUAGGCAGCAUUAUUAGAAAGCAUAGCAUACGUUUUCCUUAUUAUGCAGACGAUACCCAGCUUUAUGUAUCCAUGAAGCUCGAUUUUAUCCAUAUAACUACCCCUUUUUCACUCUCUGUGUGUUCAUACACUGCUCUGCAUUUAAUCAUCAGUUCUUAUUAAUCUGGCUCUUGUCACACCGUGUUUUUUCUCCUAUCUCCCCUAACCCCCAAAUGGCUGCGCUUCCUUAAUCCUGGUUCUGCUAGCAGUUUCUUCCUGCUAAAAAGAAGUUUUUCCUUCCCACUAUCACAAAAUCCUUGCUCAUAGGAAAUUUUCUGAUUGUUGUGGUUUUCUCUCUAUUGUCAUAGGAUCUUUACCUUAGAAUAUAAAGCGCCUUGAGGCAUCUGUUGCUGUGUUAAUAAGGAAUAGAUUGAUUGUUGUGAAAACAAAUGAUUCUACUUAUAUGUGUAUUAUGGCAUCAUAUUUUUAUGUGUAGCACUACUAGAUAGCAUUUAUGUAAAUAAAAAUACUAAGUGUACAGUGAAAGGGUGACUAAAGUGUUGUUGAUGAU